AUGAAGAACUGGGAGCACGGAAAGUUGAGAACAGUGGUGAGAAGGAAAGAAAGAUGGGAAGGCACACAUACCAUAUAGAAACGGUUCAAUCAUGGUUGCUUCUCACCAGACUUCACAUACUCAUCCACCUUGUCGCCGUCGUUUCCAUCUGUUACUACCGCAUAUCCCACCUCCUCCACCAACCACCAACCGCCCCAUGGAUACUCAUCACACUCGCCGAGCUUCUGCUCUCCGUCAUCUGGUUCUUAAACCAAUCCUUCCGCUGGCACCCCGUCUCGCGGACUGUCAUGACCGACAAGCUUCCGAGGGAGGACAACUUUCCGGGGCUCGACAUCUUCGUCUGCACGCUCGACCCCGAGAAGGAACCCACGGUGCAGGUCAUGGACACCGUUGUUUCCGCCGUUGCCAUGGACUACCCUUCUGAUAAGCUGGCGGUGUAUCUGUCCGACGACGGUGGUACUCCGGUGACUUUAUACGCUAUGAAAGAGGCGGGUGUGUUCGCGAAGGAGUGGGUUCCCUUCUGCAGAAAGUAUGGAGUGAAGUCGAGGUGUCCGAGGGCGUUCUUCUCUCCGAUGGGAGAAGAUGAAGACCUUCUUCGGCACGAGGGAUUCAAGGCUCAUCGUGACCUCAUCAAGGCUAAAUACGAGAAAAUGCAGAAGAACAUCGAUAAAUUUGGUUCAGACCCUAACAAUCUUCGACUUGUCAACGACAGGGCUCCUCGUAUUGAGAUUAUAAAUGAGGAGGCAGGUUUGCCACUUCUUGUUUAUGUGUCUCGGGAAAGAAGGCCAUCCCUUCCUCACAAAUUCAAAGGAGGAGCCCUCAACACAUUGCUCAGAGUCUCGGGUUUUCUCAGUAAUGCACCUUAUUUUCUAGUAGUGGAUUGCGAUAUGUAUUGCAAUGAUCCAACCUCUGCCAAACAAGCCAUGUGCUUCUUCCUUGAUCCUCAGACCUCCAAAGAUACUGCAUUUGUUCAAUUCCCUCAAAUGUUUCACAACCUUAGCAAAAAAGACAUCUACGAUAGUCAAACUAGGACCGCUUUUAAGACAAUGUGGCAAGGCAUGGAUGGACUAAGAGGUCCUGGUCUUUCUGGCAGUGGUAAUUACUUGAGUAGAAGUGCGUUACUAUUUGGAAGUCCUAACCAAAAGAAUGACUAUCUGCAAGAGGCACAAAAGUACUUUGGCAACUCUACUGGGUUCAUUGAAUCACUGAAGAUCAUCCGUGGACAGAAAACUACCAAAAAGAGCAGUUCAAGAGAAGAAACGUUAAAAGAAGCCCUAGCAGUGUGCUCUUGUUCCUACGAAAACAACACAAAAUGGGGUAGUGAGGUGGGAUUCUCAUAUGUGAUCUUACUUGAGAGUACUGUUACUGGGUAUAUUCUUCACACCAGAGGAUGGAGAUCAGUUUAUCUUUACCCGAAAACGCCAUGUUUCUUAGGGUGUGCCCCCACUGACAUCAAAGAAGGCAUGAUUCAAUUGGUUAAGUGGUUGUCUGAACUUCUCUUGCUUGGUUUUUCCAAACACAGCCCUUUCACUUAUGGAUUUUCGAGCAUGUCCAUAAUUCAUUCCUUCACUUAUUGCUUGAUAACAAUGUCAUCUCUCUAUGCCUUUUUCUUCAUCCUGUAUGGCAUUGUACCUCAACUAUGCCUCCUCAAAGGAAUCCCUGUCUUUCCAAAGGUGACAGACCCUUGGUUUGCAGUGUUUGCAUUUGUGUAUGUAUCCACUCAGGUUCAACAUUUGGUCGAGGUUCUUUCCGGGGAAGGGUCUAUAGAAAUGUGGUGGGAUGAACAAAGAAUUUGGAUUCUGAAAUCAGUGACAAGCAUAUUUGCAGUACUAGAAGCAACGAAGAAGCGGUUGGGGUUGAAUAAGAUGAAAUUCAACUUGUCAAACAAAGCUAUCGACGAAGAGAAGAUGAAGAAGUACGAGGAAGGUAGGUUCGAUUUCCAGGGUGCAGCUGUGUUCAUGGCUCCAAUGGUUCUGUUGCUCAUUAUCAACAUUGUUGGCUUCUUUGGUGGGAUAUGGAGAGUAUUGAAUGAGAAGGAUUUUCAAGAAAUGUUUGGUCAACUUUUCCUAGUCACCUAUGUAAUGGCUCUAAGUUAUCCCAUUCUUCAGGCCAUAGUGACCAUGAAAAGCAAGAGUGGGUAGUGAAAAUUUGUCAUAAAUAAUAAGCUCAUUCAAGACUCUGUCUUGCACUUGUAUCUUACAAUCAAAUUGCUUAAUAAUAUCUUCUCACUUUAGAUCACUCA